AAUCUACAUACCAAGUAUACAGCUGUGUUGCGACGGACGAGUACAUGUAAUUACUGAAAAAAUGACAAGGUGUGAAAUAGAGGGGAUUGUGACAAAACCCAAAGAAAAUCACGGCAAAGAUACAACCUACAUUCCAAAUAAACAGAUGUGUUGUAACGGACAAGUACAUGUAAUUAAUGGAAUAAUGACAAGCUGUGAAGAAGUGGGGAUUGUGGCAAAACAAAACGAAAAUCACGGCAAAGUUGUAGGUGAAGUUCAAUGUGUGUAUACAAAGAAUGGAGAAAUCCUUAGUGCACCGUUUGAUAAUAAUAUCCAGAUUUGUUGCCGAGAAUCAGGAGUCCUGAAUAGAUUUGAACAGGGACAGGAAGUGGAUUGUUGUGGAGGCAAACAUUUAUAA